AUGUCGCAACGACGCAAUAACCCGGGCGAGUGGAAUUCAAUGUCUCCAACGGAUGAGCAGCACCGCGACGUGCCUCCGGCAUGUCGUUCACCUCCACAGCGAUCUGAUGGUGGCUCGUUUCGGCGGCCAGUUGUUCCAACGAGCGAUGGCCGAGCGAGCGGGGAGUUCGAGGGCAGCACACUAGGAAGCAGCUCCCGCGAGGGUAACCGAAGGACACCAAGCCAGCGCAGGACUCAGAGCUCCAGCGGCUUUCUGUUAGACUCACUGCCCCGCUCGAAGAGCUCAAGAAUCGGUUCAUUUCGCUUCCGCCCUUCAGAGCCACCAACGGAGAAACGCACUGCGCCCGAAGGCGAUAUCGUCGUGCCCAAGAAACGAUCGCGCUUUCCAUGGGGACGUCACAAGAGUUCUGCGUCUGUAUCGACUCAAGCGCCUUCCAUAUCAAGCCUAGCAGCUCCCCAACAGAGCGUGAAUCCUCCCCCAGAUGUACAACCAUCCGGAACCUCGUCCCGUGCGACUUCUGGAACGCAUGAUGGAGAUCCGUCUGCUGCGCCUGGUAUGGACAGAGAUUCUCUCCAGAUCGUGAACUUAGCUUUGAAUCUGAACGAGUCUCGGAGGAGAACUGCCUCUGGCCUCGCCUCAGGCCCAAACGGGCGGAGGCCGAUAUCUGUCUCGCAACCUGCGGCUGCACCCUUGGAGCUUCACCCACCAGCCCCAAGAGGCAAUACUACGCAACGCGACGCUUCAUAUCGUAUUUAUACCCAGAUCCCUGGCGAUGGAAUGCCGGGAGGAACACAACUAGGCGGGAAAUCUCCGGUGGUGGAUUUUCUGCCCUCUUCUGCCGCGAACGAUAAACGAGUGUAUGAGUUCUCUGAAAGGACUCUCGCCCGUGCAGACCGAGCUCGUCGCCACUUUGAACUCUUCCAUGAGUAUCUGCGUCUGCUUCCUUCGCUGCCUCCACUUCGAAAACCACAAGUCACCGACGAUUCUGAUUCUCCGGAUGUCCCACCUGCCGUUUUAUCAACAGACCGGGCCUAUAAUCCACUUCAAAUGAUUCGGAAUCGUAGAGUCCGGUAUCGAGAGAAAUGUUCCAUUGACCCAGAAGCAGAUGGGUGGCAUGAUGUCGAGAAAGUUCAUGACUGGGUCAACUCCAUCCAGAAUAGGUACAGCGAGAUGACCCGUGAUGAGAUGCAAAUCCUCAAGCUUCCUUCUUUCCAGCAAGGCCCACAUCGUGCGUCUCAUGGAGAGUUGGAAGAUCUGGAGAUGACUGUUUCGCCUUCGGCGAGCUUGAGACGUAUUAGCCGCACCAAUAGUAUCAAAACUGCUCGCCCGCGUCUCGAUUGGACGAGCUCUCCAGCAGAACUUCUAGCCGAUAUUGCAUGGCUUGAGGAUGGGGCAAACAAGGCUAAAGCUGUUGACAAAGAUGGCAACAAACUCUAUCCAGACCUGGCAGCGCUGGUUGUGAUGGAUAACAGUGUGGAACACGCACCUCAAAUACCACGCUUGUCCAUUGAGACGCUAGAUCCUCACCAGGAGGAUCUGUCUUCCCACCACACUUCCUUGUCUAGCACUCGGCCGGCUUUGCAAACCGAGUUUAAGAGUGUUGGCCAGGGGCGACACAAGCACCGAUACCAGAGCCAUUCCCACAACUUACGUAGCCGAAGCGCUUCUAGUUCGCGGAAGGGCUCACAAUGGGACAAAUUCAGGAUGCGAACUGGCAGCGUAUCCAGUGACUUUAGCCCAGAGCGACGUAAGUCUUCAGAUCGGAAUCGUCAAGCUUGGGGCCACUCCCGCCACGAGUCGAAGAGCCUUCUGCGCAAGGAAGCUUCCAAUAUUUCAGAACCGCGGAUAUCUCGUGUCAAGUCUUCCGCUGCAGCUGUCGUCAACUCGGACAAAACCAGACCCCAAAAGUCUGGACUUCCAUCAGCGAGUACGAAGGCGAGCCAGGUUGGCCGAAAGGCUUCUUUCUCCUCAGCUGGCAGUUUGGAUGACAGAUAUAAUCCAAGAAUGUCAUUGGAGGUAACGGAUAGCACCGCACCAAAUUCUCCUGCUCAUGCUGGAUACUUUCCCAGUAUUGCAGUCAAUCUUUCCCCCCCUUCUAGUCGGUCUCCUUCACCAGCCAAGAAGGGGCUUCGUCACAAAAUCGUCACCCGCCAUGAGCGGAGUAAGAGCAAACAGGAUAAUCUAGACGCUCGGGGACACGAAGAUGAGAGCCUGGAUACCAUCGAAUCCCAUCCCUCUAUAUCACCUCCUGAGCAGACUGAGCGUCCCUCUAAGCUCGACCCCAGUCCUCUCCCGGAUAUUGUGUCCUCGUCUUAUGUCGAUGACCACGGUAUAGCAGAUGGCCGCGUCGACGGAUAUAGGGGACGAAAGGGACCGAAUUUACCAGAAUCUAAGCUGCGGGGCAUCUUCAAGGGACCAGGCCGGAUUGCUGAAAUUGUUGGGAACGAGGUUUCGAAGGUUGGGGACUUGAUUCUGAAGAAGGAUCUCGUUCCUGACUCCCGCAAGUCGUCGUCUGCAACUACCGCUGCUUCUGAAUAUAGUGAUUCAGAUGAUGAUAAGAAACCGGACAAGCGGUCUGGCGCAAUGGGUCUAUUGCGACGUUUGCCUACUCUCACAGACGAACCUGGCCGUCUGAUGCGGCGCAACUCCGAGAAAGGCACUUCUAAAACAUUCAUGUCUUCCCUACCAACAUUUACAUCCCCUUUACGACAGGAUGAUCGGACUCAUUCGACCGAUGCGAUUGAACUCGGCAGUCCCCGUGACAACACAUCCGGAUCCCGACGGCCUGAUGAGCAUGAGGGACCGAAGCGAAUGGCUUUGUCGCGCAGCAAAACACUCGACUUUGGCCCCGCUCUGCACCCCGCUCGUGGUCGCAGGAAAACACCUGCAAUACAGGAUCCUUCUCAUCCUUUCAGUCUUAAUCGUCCUCCUGUGACUGGACUCGCUCAGGCCCGAGCAUCACCAGGACCUCCUGUUAAGACACCGCCUUUGUCAGGUGCGACGCGGGCCUGGAGUAUUUCGGACCGCAGUCUUCAUACACUGAAUGAUUCCGGUGUUCCAGGCAAGACAGAAAUUGAGCGUACUCGUACUCUUCUGCUGGCAUCCGGCAUCAAAGCUCGGGAAAUCACGCGACGAGCCCGCACCUCUCGAGAUCCACCUCACUGGCUCCGAAACUCCAUGGGCAGCAGUUCCACCGUCCCUCGAGUCGCUAGAUUCGUCGAAUUUGACGCCGCUGCUCAGAACCUCCUGCGCCGGUUUGAAAUGACCCAAUAUUCGUUCCAACAAUCGAUGCACCACUUUUCCACUGCCACCUCAACCCCUCUUCGUUCGCAGCUGAAGGACCUGGAAACCCUCAUUAACCAAACGCUCACACCUCGCGUCCGAGCCACAGCCGAUGACGCCGAGGGCUUGUGUGUCCAGCUCAACACCACCAGCACACUCGCAGUGAAAUCACUCAGUGAUGCCCUUGACAAGGGUGUUCGAAAGCGUCGCCGGCGGCUGCGUUGGGUGCGACGCACCGGCUUUGUCCUGCUAGAAUGGGCUCUUGUCGGCAUGUUGUGGUGGGUGUGGCUAAUUGUCAUGGUCUUCAAGCUCGCUCGUGGUGUUUUCCGCGGAGCUUUCUCUGGGGCGCGGUGGAUUCUAUGGCUUUAG